CGCCAUGCUGUCCAGCACAAUAGCUACACAUCAUGACUCCUAUCAACCGCGUCAUCCUCGCUGCCGCCAUCGUCGCUGUGUCCGUUCACUACAUCAAAGCUCAAGCCGUCUCCUGCGCUGUCAGCGGGUGUUGGAAUGGCGUGUGUCUUGAGCCACCAUUAGUCCCAGUAGCAACAUGUCAGUGUCAGGAAGGAUUUGAGAAGACAUUCCAAGAUCUCAACGUUUGUGUCGAUAGGGAUGAGUGCAGAAUAGCUACGGGGACAAUCUGUGGUCCUGGAAGGUGUAUCAAUACACCUGGUCUCUUCAAGUGUGAGUGCACCCCUCCCUUUGUUCCUGUCUACAAUGACACGUGGUGUGCUCCUCCACCUCCACAGACCAACCAGAACACCUACCAGAACUUGGUACGAUACGCCGCCUUAGAUGAACUUGUUAACAAGUAAUCCUCCAACAGACAGACAUGUUUCACAUGUAACAAGAUGUUACCUUUUAACAAGAAAUCCUCCAACAGACAGACAUAUUUCAAACAAGUACAAUAUAUUAAAUAAACUACGUAAUCUGAUUACAAAUGCAAUGUAUAGAUUACAGAAAAAAAAUCAGUUAAAAAACAAUAUUAAUAAAUAAACAGAUAUGAAGGACAAAUAUGACGCAACCUUUCAUAGUAUUUACUUCAAAUAUCCAUACGUGUUUUCAGAACGCGAAAUAUGCUGUGAUGUAUGUUUAUGUUGUUUUCGGCCAUGUAAUAAACCCUGUUCAUAUACGA